GUGUAGACACACAGAUUAGGACAAAACCAAUCCAUAUCGCCGCCUACUCAACUACGGGUAGCAGGAAGGCCAAACGUGUUCAGUGUGAACUUACGGUUUGUAUAGCUGUAGAUUAGCGAGACUGCAUUAAUAAGGUGUUUAGUAAAUAAAUAUAAAUGUAAACACACCGCGCUGUACACGGAAUAACUGUAUGAUGGCGUCAGGAGCUUUGUAUCGUCCUGCACACCGUCACUGUGUGCUGCAGUUAAUCACAUGUUUAAAGUCACAGCAGCUUCUGUGUGGAAACAUCAGAAGGUUUGGAACAAAGUCGGAUCGAGAUCAGAAGAUUUCCAAGAUUUACACCAAAACUGGAGAUAAAGGAUUUUCCAGCACUUUCACAGGAGAGAGACGACCCAAAGAAGAUCGUAUUUUUGAAGCUCUGGGUACGACGGAUGAGCUCUCGUCCGCCAUCGGGCUGGCCAGAGAGUUCUGUCUCGAGAAAGAACACACCUUCACUCAUCAGCUAGACAAGAUCCAGUGUGUGCUGCAGGACGUGGGCUCCAACUUGGCCACUCCUCGCUCUUCAGCCCGAGAGAGCCACAUAAAAAAGACGGAGUUCAGCAGUGAGCCCGUGGCGGAGCUGGAGAACUGGAUUGAUUCCUACACAGCUGAACUUCCUCCUCUUACACACUUCAUACUGCCUUCGGGGGGGAAAAGCAGCGCCGCACUGCAUGUGGCCAGAGCUGUGUGUCGCCGUGCCGAACGAUGUGUGGCUCCUGUCGUGCGCUCAGGUGAAGCAGAUCCUGACAUCAGCAAAUACCUCAACAGGUUGAGUGAUUAUCUGUUCACACUGGCGAGAUACACAGCUGUGAAAGAAGGAAACAUGGAGAAGAUCUACAGGAGACCUGAAAGUACUUCAACAUGAAAUUCCUCCAGUAUAUUUAUCUAAAUCACAGAUUGUUGAAAGCUUCUCUGACGUUCCUGAUUCAGAUGAUGUGAUGUAGUGUAAUGAACUGAGAGUGUAAUUAAUCACAUGAACACUGGGUUUGAAUAAACACUGAAUCUUGUGCAUGUAAUGUGGUGUAUAAACGUUUACAUGCUGAAUUCUGAACUCUGACCUGUAAUAAGAUUUACAGGUUUAGACAUGUUUUCAGUCACAUGAUCAGAAGGUUGUGACUGACUGUGACACUAAACCGGUCUGACAGUGAAGUGAAUGUAAAGUGAAAAUAAACACAGCGCACACUUAUGAAUGUCA